AUGAAGGUUCUCUUUGCACUGACAGCCGUGCUCGCUGUGGCGGCAGCCGAACGCGCAGGCUACAACGCAGGCGCAUACAACCCGUCGCUUUACAACACCGGAGCUUAUGCCGGCGACUACUACAACCGAGGCUACUACGAUCGCCGAGGCUACGGUGAUCAGUACUACGGCAGAGACGGCUACUAUGGCGGCUACGCUGGCGGCCGCUACGCAGCCCCGUACCGAUCAGCGUACGGAUAUGCUCCGGGAUACUCAUCAGGCUACGCGGCCGGCUACAACCGGCCGUACAGUGGCGCCUACGGCGGCUACUCUGGCUACAGGGGAUACGGAGCGUACGGUUCAUCCGCGGGACACGCGGGCUACCCUGGUUACACCGACAGUCGCUACGGACGUUCCCGUUACGGAGGUGCCUACAAUCCUUACGGUACCUACAGAAGCUUCCUCUUUGACGACCGCUACAACCAAUACAUGUACAAUCGAGGCUACUACGGGGCACCGUACGGGGGCGCUUACGGUCCUUACGAACAACGCACCCAGCAUGGGUACAGCUACGGCUACUCCUCGCCUAACAGCCAAGUCUACAGCUCUGCGGGAUACCGUGCUUAA